AUGUCUUUCGUGGUUGACCAAGUGCGUCGAAUUGACAGCCAGCUCGACCGGCUGCAGCUGUCGGCGACACGACAAGGCAGCUUCUCCAUCACCGCCGAGGAAGCCCACGACCCCACCAAGACGACACGAAUCGCGCACCUGCAGUACCUCAUCAAGUCCCUCUCCACGACCGCGUCAGCCAAACACAGCCUUGUGUCCAUCGCACGCAUAUCCGAGACGCUGCAGCGUGCCAACAUCGCCAGCAGCUACGAGGAUGCGAGCUACGAACAUGAAUUGGAAUGGCUGCUAGUCAGCAAGGCGACGACGCAGGUCUACGGACAGGUUCUGAAUACGAUAUUGGAACAGACUAUACCAUUGGAAGAUGACCUGUGGUACUGGGACGACAUCCUCUCCACCUACCGAUUCGCUGGGCUAUACUCGAUACAAACAUCGCCCGUUCGGGUGUGGAAAUGGUCGCAGGAGAUAUAUCGCGAUGUGCGGUCGAGGGGCGGACAGUUGGCUGAUGGGUGGAGCCAGUUUUAUGGCCUUGUCAAGGAUGCGGUGCAAGAGCGCAGCAUUGCCAACAUCCAGCGAAGGGUUGUGAGCCCGUUGGCGCUGGUCAGGAAUGAAGGCAGAAGAAAGCGCGCAGCGUUGAGGAAGAUACGCCUCAUCAAUGCGAAUGCGCUCGGUGUGCUUCUAGGCGAAGGGCUGGGUAAUGAGAGUGUACACGACGAUGGCACCCAAUCUCCCCCUCUGCUCGGCGCACAAAGCGGACAUAGAUGGAAGAGCGUCAUGGCUAAGAACAUCGCACUCAUGGACGCAGUCAUCCAAAGCGUGAACGCUGCAGAGAUAUCCGUCAAUAAGUUUGACGAUUCUGUUGCUGGUAUUACUCAAGAUGAUCAACUCUAUUCGCUGCAUGAACCCACCGGAGAACGAACGGCAACCACACUCAAGCCAGCGGAUGUAGCAGAGCGACUUCAGUACCUGCUCCAGGAAGCAUUGCCUGCCUACACCUCAGACUUCAACGCUGUGGUCAAGGAGAAUGGACGUCCAUCCAUCCUCAUCCGGUAUUGGCUACCUGCCACCAUGCUCCUCGUAUCCUCCACCACUAUCCUGCGUAUAUUUGUCAACCGGAAAGAAGAGAUCCUGGCCUGGGUACGUGAACUAGGACAGACUGUAAUCGACUUCUGGACAAAUUGGGUCGUGGAGCCCGCUAUGAGGAUCAUUGGUACCAUCCGUCACAAUGAAGAUAGCGAGGUUUCCAUCAUGAGCAAACGCAGCCUGGAGUCUGACCGCGCCAGCCUUGAGCGCAUGGUCAUUGACUUUGCGGUUAAGAAUCCUGAAGGCCCUGCAUUGAACGAGACUCAGAUUGCCGAUAUUAGGGCGAAGGUCCGCGAAGGCGAUCUGACCACGGUCUUGAGAUCCUACGAGAAGGACAUCCAAAGUCCUGUCAAGGGCGCGAUAGUCGGUAACCUAGCUAGCGCAUUGCUCAUCCAGGUGCAGAAGACCAAGGUUGAUGUGGAGGUCGCAAUGAGCGGUAUUGACAGCAUUCUGAAGAGCCAGGAGUUGCUCUUCGGCUUCAUCGGUCUGACGCCUGGUGUUCUCGUGAGUAUCGGCGUCUACCGAUACCUCCGAGGCGUCUUCAGCAGCCGCAAAGGCGUACAGAUGUGGGCGAGGCAAGGCCGCAUGCUGCUCAUCCUGCGCAACAUCGAUCGCAUCCUUACCAGCGCAACACCCACAGAAGACGGCGAAAUUUCCUACAAGGACCACGGUCUCCUCCUCUGCGAAGUGCAUCUCCUGCGACAGGCUGCGAGCGGCAUCCUGCCACGACGCAUCUUCCACGACUUCUUAGUGGAGAUAGAUGAGCUUGUUGACGUGAGGAGUGGGCUGCAGCGACAGCAAAAAGUAGUUGAGCGCAUUAGGUGGGCGUACUCAAAAUGGUUUACUUGA